AGACAAGAUGGCGGCUGCGGGAGGGGGUCCUUGCUUUUCAGCUCCCCCCCUCACCCGCCUUCUCCUUCCCUGCCGCCGCCCUCGCUCCAGAGGAGAGCUUUCGCGCCGCCUCCGCCCCGCUCAGGGAGCCUCCCGCUUCCCCAGUCGUCCCCCUCCCUGCCCCGCGCAGUCCUUGGUCCCCGUAGGCCCCGCUGCCCGCUCCUUGGCUCUGUCUGGUCCCGCUGCCGCCCCCAUUACCUCAGCCGCCGGCCCGACCCCACACCGUUCGGGGCGCCUGGGCUCGGGAGGGCCGGCCGCCGAGCAGAUCGGCGCGGCCCGGGGAGCGGAGCGCGGCCUCCUCCCGCGCCGAUCUCUGCGGCCUCUGCCGUGCCCCCUCCCGGCCCGCGGUGGGGCCCCGGCUCGGCUGCCGCCGCCGCCGCCGCUCCCGGGGGAGGAGGGGGAAUGGAGCCGCCGCCGCCGCCGCCGCCGCCGCUGCCGCCACGGAGCCCGGCCGAGGGGAGGGAGGGAUCAGCCCCCAGGCAGGAUCCGCCCCUCCGGCCUCCCCCCCGCCACCUCCACCCCUUCCCUCGCUCCCUCCCUGGCUCCGCGGGUUCUCCCGCUGAACAGGAGCGAGAGCGCGAAAGGGGGGAAACGGGAGAAAAAUCCCCCCGCCCGUCCCCGGCGCGGCGGCGGCCGGGGCGGCGCGGAGAGGAGCGCGGAGCCGCCGCUGCUGCCGCCGCCGCCGCCGCCGCCGCCACGGGGCACCGUCCCUGGCUCGGCCUCACGGUGGCGGUACGGACGCGGCAGGGGCACCGAGCAGAAACCGGGUCUGCGCCCGCCGCGGCCCCGGCUCACCCCGUCCAUGCCAGCCGCCCCGCGCGCCUGACGAGAGCGUGGAGGGAAGGGGGGACCCCUAACUCUUUAGAAUGGCCAGUCGCCCCUUCCCGGGUCUCCGCGGGCGAGGCAGCUAAGGUUGGGGUGACAAACUCCCGCCCCAAGCUGGAGGGCACCACCGAAGAUUAAGCCAGGGCAGCCUUUGAAGUCCAAAGCGGGUCCGUGGUUUCCUGGGAUGCAGGUGCCUGCGUGACUCCCAGAAGGUACCCCCGCCCCUGUCCAGGUCCCGAGGACAAAGGUCUGGCGCUGUCCAGCCCCUCCCCCAGGGAGGCCAGCCGGGAAAGCCCUGCCUCUGUUGUGUCCAGGGAGUUCAGCGGUGCAUCCAGCUUCAAGCAAGGUCAAGUCAAGGGACUCAAACUACGUCAUCAGGACACCAUCUCUUGCAGGCUCAGCCAUCCUGAACCAGUAGCUGUGGCCAGAGAGGUGAUCUUCUGGUAAGGUCUGGUCAUGUGUCUGCUUCUAGAACCAGAGGACAUGUGCAGGAGGUAAUUAUCCAGAGACUGUGGGCGUAUGUGAAAGCUAGGUCCAAUAAGCAUGCCAUAUUUAAUUUAGCAAGUUAUUAAUUUAUCAGUGCAUUAAAUAGUAUUCUCAUUACCCCCAGUGUGUGUGUGGUGAACUAGAGCUGGGGAGUUAGGCAAACCAGAAAGAAUUUAGGUAAUUACACACAGAAACACAAGGGCAGAGCCAGAAGAAUGGAAGAGGUGGUAGAGAAGGAGGAAGGGAAAGAAAGGUCAAAUCAGAGGUCAAAUCAACAAUCUGAUGACAAAUAAGAUCCAAGUUGGAUCUAAGGUCAAACUUCAGAGGUUUUCACGAUGCUGGCAUAACCCUGGCAAAGCAGGAGGUGGUAAAGGGUGGGUUGCUAAACAGCUCUCUCCACGGUGAGGGUCCAAGAUUGGGGGAAUGAUGCAAUCAACUCACGAUCUGGAGCCUUUGUGGUCAAAGUAAAAUGCAUGUCUAUUCAAUAAUUAUUCCUGAGCUGCUGGUAAGUAAAGGCCACAAAGCUGCAAAGGAUAAGCUCUCAGGCUUGCAACCUAAUCACAAGAAGAAAGCAAGGACAUGAAUAACAAACCUGGCAGAGUGCAAGUGCUUCAAGAAAGAGGCAAGCAAAAUGGCCAAGGCCAGCGCCGUGGCUCACUAGGCUAAUCCUCUGCCUGCAGCGCCGGCACACUGGGUUCUAGUCCCGGUAGGGGUGCUGGAUUCUGUCUCGGUUGCCCCUCUUCCAGUCCAGCUCUCUGCUGUGGCCAGGGAGUGCAGUGGAGGAUGGCCCAAGUGCUUGGGCCCAGCACCCCUUGGGAGACCAGGAGAAGCACCUGGAUCAGUGCAGUGCGCCAGCCGCGGCGGCCAUUGGAGGGUGAACCAAUGGCUAAGGAAGACCUUUCUCUCUGUCUCUCUCUCUCUCUCACUGUCCACUCUGCCUGUCAAAAAACAAACAACAACAACAACAAAAAAUGGCCAAGUUUGGAGGGGAGGGAAGGCUGUGAAGCUGGUGCGUUCCGAGUCCCACCUUAAAGCCUGGGCAAGUGUUGAGUAGCAAGCAGGCAGAGGGAGUGUGGGCCAGGCUGAGCCACCAGCAUGAACAAGGAAACAAGGGUGUCAAAGCACAUUUCAAUAAACUGAGUUUCAAAGAUCUAACUGCCUUGUAUUAGUGACUCAUGAAUCAGGCAGAGUCCAAUCUACAGAAUGGAAAAGAGCUCUGACGAGCUAGACAGAGUGGGUGAGUCUUGCAGGCAGAAAAAGCAGAAGAUAGGGGUCGGUGCUGUGGUGUAGUGAGCUAAAGCUCCCGCCUGCAGCACCGCUGUCCCAUAUGGGCACCAGUUCUAGUCCUGGCUGCUCCUCUUUGUAUUUGGGCCUCUGCACCCACGUGGGAGACCUGAAAGAAGCUCCUGGCUCCUGCAGUUGCAGCCAUUUGGGGAGUGAACCAGUAGAUAAAAGACCUUUAUCUCUGUCUGUAACUCUACCUCUCAAAUAAAUAAAAAUCUAAAAAAAAAAAAAA